ACUCCCUUAACCUCAACUCCCCCUUCCAACUCUCCCUUCCUCCUUCUCAUCACAACAACCACCGCGCGACAACAAGAACCUUUGACAACUCCCUCACCAACGACCUCGCGAAAUAAUAAGUUCCUUCACAACUCCUCUAACUACCACAUCCUACUUCCCGCUCCGAACCAUCCUUAUCUUCCUCGGUCGCGUCUUCGUUGCCACUCAUCCUAUCAAUAUAACACAUUCUCGCAUUCCUUCACUCCCACGAUCAUAAGCAAUGGCUUCCAACCUUGACCGUUCGCUCGACGAGAUCCUCGCUACCCGCCCUCGUGGUGCCGGUCGCCGUGGAGGCAAGCCGGCCGCAGCUGCUGUCGUCGGUGGUGUUCGCAAGCGCUCUUCCAGAGUUGCUGCGCAGAAGGCGAACGCUUCUAUCGUCACCCCCACCAAUCCCACCACCACCAGAGCUAAGGGCAUUCCCACUGGACCCUCUGGCAAGGUUUCGGCCUCUAAAAUCAUUGUCUCGAACCUGCCUUUCGAUGUUUCGGAGCAGAUGAUUAAGGAAUACUUCCAGUCGGUCGUUGGACCGAUCCGGCGCGCUACUCUCACCUAUGGACCCACUGGACAGUCUCGCGGUGUCGCCACCGUCGAAUUCCACAAGUCUGAGCACGCCACCCUUGCUGCUCAAAAGUACAACGGUGUCGAGGUUGACAGCAGGCCCAUGAAGGUUGAAUUGGUCGUUGACCCCAAUGCUCCCGCCAGCUUUGCCGAUCGCGUUGGUGCGCCCAACAAGAUUGCUGCAGCUAGGCCUAGGGCUGAUGCUAGGCCCAAGACGACCCCCAAGCCUGUCGUCUCUACUGCUCGUGGACGCGGAACCGCUCGUGGCAACAAGACCGCCGGUGCUCGUGGUGGUGUCGGACGUGCUGGUAGUGGUCGCUCCAAGCCCAAGACUGCCGAGCAGCUUGACCAGGAGAUGGCCGACUACUUCGGUGGUAACGAGACUGCCUCUGCUGCACCCGUCGCGGUUGUCAACGGAGGAGAUGGCAUGGAUGAUGAUGCUGUUUUGUCGGAAACCUCUUCCACAAACAAGACACUGGCUCCGUCGCCGAUCCGGACCGCUUCUGGACCAGCUACACUGUGGGGAAUAGUAAGCUGAUUAGGACCUUUAUCGUGCAACAGUAAACGGACACCUCACACAAGCGAAUGAAGAGCCAACCUGUCGAUAAAACGAAAAUACUGUACCAAAGGGGAAUACUGGGCUAUCACGAAUGGAUGGGCACGGGGGCAUAUGAUUUUCGGACAGGGAAAUCAUCUUCAUACUAUACUGUUUCUUUUUUUCUAUGUCUUCGGGUUGGGAAUCUCAUGACUUGUACUUUUUCUAUUCUUUUGUUCUACUGUGUGUUGGUUUUGCUUUUUUUUGAUUCUGAUUCUCGAAUGGGGAGCGGUGCUUGGUUGCGUUUGGGUAUCAGUUGGGCAGAAUAGCAUUUCUGUAAUGUUGAUGAGUGAGCGCGAGAUACAUCUGGGUUGGAUGUCGUCUGAAUCGAGUGGGGCCAUAGCGCCUUUCCUUGUGAACGAACCAAAAGCCAUCAUCAU